CCUAAAUCCUAGCUCCAAUCCACCUCCCUAUUGUAAAUACGCUACAGUUUCGGAGUGCCUGCUCCUUAGAUGGAACUACUCAGCAUGGCUUUUUCGUUCCGAACCUUUGCCAUCCUGGCAGCAAUGCUAUCGACCGUCCUGGGGGCACCGCAACUCCCACCCAGCCAAGACCCGUGGUAUUCGGCAACCCCUGGAUUCGAGAGACAUGCCCCCGGUGCGAUCCUCCGCGUCCGCAAGGCACACAGCAACAUCACGCUCCUGGUAAACAACACGGCGGGGGCCUACCAACUUCUCUUCCGGUCGACCGACGCCCGCUACAAGGCGUCGUGGGCCGUGACGACUGUCUUCCUCCCGCUCCUCCCGGCCAAGCAGACCACCUUGGUCUCGUACCAGAUCCCCUACAACACCCCCGACGUCGACCAGAGCCCGAGUUAUGGCUUGUCGACCCUCCACGGCGAGAACAUCAUGUCCAACGUGCGGGCGGGGCUCGACCGUGGCUGGGCCGUGAGCGUGCCGGACUUUGAAGGUCCGCUCGCGGCGUUUAGCGCGGGCAUCCAGGCGGGCCACGCCGUGCUCGACGCGGUUCGAGCCGUUCUGUCCUUUGACAAGUUCGCCAGCAACAAGGGCAAGGGCGAGGCCCGCUACGCGCUCUGGGGAUACUCGGGCGGUGCGCUAGCGAGCACUUUCGCGGCCGAGCGGCAAGCGUCGUACGCGCCAGAGCUGAGCUUCGCCGGGGCAGCCCUGGGCGGCGUGCCGUCCAACUUCACGCAGAUCGUCUACAACGUCACGGGCACCCCCUACGCGGCCAUCGUGCCGUAUGUCCUCCUUGGCGUGACGGCCCAGUACCCGGAGGCGAGGGAGUUUUUGAUCAGGCAGCUCCGCGAGGACGGGCCGUAUAACAGAACCACAUUCCUCGCUGCUCUGCGCACCACGCCGGCCGAGGCGGUCGCCAUGUUCAUGGGCCAUGACAUCUUCGAGUACUUCACCAAUGGGGACGACAUCCUCAAGGCGGCUGAGAUGGUGCGCGUGUUGGGGGAUAACUGGCACAUGGGAUACCAUGGCAUUCCGCAAAUGCCACUCUUCGUGUACAAGGCCGUCAUGGACGAGCUCACCAGCAUCGCCACGACGGACGACCACGUCGACCGCAUCUGCCGCGUAGGGGCCAAUGUCCUCUACCAGCGAAACUUGGUCGGGGCUCACGAGAGCGAGUACGUGAACGGCGGCGUCAGGGCGUUGGGUUGGCUUGAACUGGUGCUCAGUGGGACUCGGCCGGAGCCCGGGUCGGGAUGUAAGGUUGAGAACGUG